AUGGAUGACUUAGAGCACAGUGUUGUAAUAGCAGAGCGAGACUGGGAGAGUUUUUAUGAAGAGAGUGAGGAAUGCUCUAUUCAACAGGCACGGCUUGCAAGCCUGGAUGAUUCAGGCUUCAGUGACACAGAUGAUGAGAAAAAUUCCACUCAAGAGCCUGUUUUCGAUCUCCAGAUCAAGCCUGACAAACCAAAUAAGGAGCCUGAUGCUACAGCAUUGACCCAGAGUGAAGAUGAUGACUAUAGUACACGAUUACAAAGUGAAUCUCUAGUAAACGAACAAAGCAUAGCCAACAAACCCAAAAGUAACACACAAGUCACCACUCCAGAUCACCCAAUGACCAACAAUUUAAGCCAUAAAGAUCCUGAAGAUACUCGAGACAAUGGUUCUACAUUAAUUCUGGAGGUGUGUUCAACAACUACUCCUUUAGAAAAGAUACAAGAGCAAGAGUAUCCAACAGAAAUGCAGGAAGAAUUGAAACUGCCCUCGCAGGAGGCACAGAAUCGGAAGGAAUCACAGAAGGAAAGUCUUGAAGCAGCUGUAGAUCCAAAUUGCCCAAUAUAUGCACUUUCAUCUUUUUGGGAUGAAGUGGAGAAGUUGACAAUAAAUGACAUUUUACAUCUUAGAUCAGCUCAUAACAGGUCUCCUAUGAGCGGAAGUGUAAUUACUGAGGACAGCGAUGUCCAUCUUGAAGAGAAAGGUCUGCUGACUUCUAAACAGGAUAGCGUGCAAGAAAGUAGCUUGAUGGAUGACUCGGCAGACUCUGACUAUUUCACGCAUGUAGAUGAAUCUAAACCAGACCGUUCAAGUUGUGAACUCUCUAAUCUCUCUGAUUUUGAUGAGGAGUUUCUACAAAUACUUAACAGAAGUCCUAGUCCUGAGCCUCAACAUGUCAAAGAACAGACUAAAAAAGUUAAGUCUACAUACAUGCCAGGCCAUGAAUUUGAUCCAAAUAAUGCGAGUGAAUCUCUAGACAUUCUAAAAAAAAGUCAUCAGGAUGGAAUCCCACAUUAUUUGUAUUCAGCUAUAGAGGUACAGAGCUUAUUUUUUACAUCUACUCAGGACAGUAAUGGGAAUCCUUUUAAAAUGGAAGUCAUCAGGAAAACACCUGUUUUAUCAUUUGACAAUACAGCAGAUAAUCAAUCCAUUUUAAGUUGUUCAGAGAUUUCGACUAAGGACAUUAAUGGAGCUGGUUCCUCGGACAGACUCAGCAGCACUGCUGUCUCAUUUCCAUUCGCAGAGAACUUGUCUGUAGGUGAGAUGUAUGAUGAUUUUUUCUCAAACUUUGAGGUUGGGAAUUUUCUCUUUCCUUCAACCCAAGAUAAGACUGUUCCCAUCUUCUCUGUCUCACGCUCAGUGGUGAGAGAUCUGGUGUUCCCUGUGGUGGAGGACCUCGAAUUUGACCCAGAUUUUGAAGAAGAUAAUAUGCCAAUAAGGGACACGACUUGCUUCGACAGCCAACCGGAAAUGUCUACUAGUCCCCCGGGAAUGCCAAACCUGUGCUUUUCCAUGAGCCAAAGAGGAAACUGGAGUAGUCUUUUCUCUCUGAGAAGAAUCAGAUUUACAGGAAAGGGGAGCACCUGGCACCACAAAGUCAGCUCUUGGAUUUUCCCAAAAGAAGCAAAAAAGGCAACAUCAUAUGUCUCAAGAGCCCAACAAAUAGCACCACCCAUGCAAGUGGAGAACAAAUCCCUCCUACAACUGGCAGAGCCACAGAAGCAUGCUGUACUUAUUUCAAAAGACGUUCUCUUUUCUAUAAAGCAGGCAGACAUGUGCCUGGUUUGUAUUGCGUUUGCUUCCUGGGUAUUGAAAUCCUCUAAUUCACAGUCUACAGACAUGUGGAAAACAGCUCUCCUGGCAAAUGUAAGUGCAGUCUCGGCCAUCCAGUACUUGCGGAAAUAUAGAAGAGGACAGAUCUGGGAUGAUCCAUGAUGUCUUUUCCAAAAAGUUCUCAGAAGGGACCAGUAAAAAAAACA